AAAAAAAAAACCAAGAAAAUCUCUCUUCCUUUUUAUCACUUAACGUGUCUUUUACUAAACGUCGUCGUAUGCGGAUAUCUUUUUGUGCUCCUAACGGGCCAAUUUUCAUCUCUAACCUCACUUCCUUCUUCAUCUGCAAUGGAAGCGAGAAUCAUCCACCAAAUUCAAAUCCCGAAGAACCCUAAUCGCAGAUUAUCUCGUCCUCCCCUAGAUUUCCCGCCCUUUAUCAGAGCUUCUUCUUCAACCUCGCAGGAGCAGAAAAGUUACAGAGGUCCGAAACCGAGCAAGAACUUGGUGGCCGAUUUCGUCUCCAGAAACGAUGACUCGGUACGGAGCUUGCCGAUCUACGUCGGAGGCGCUUCUCUCUUGGCCGUUCUCUUCAAUCGCGCUGUUUCGGGCAUCGCUCCCGUCGCCGAUGCUAGCAGCUCACAGUCUAGAGCAGAUCUAUUGGCGCUUGGCUUAGCCGUCACCAAUCUAUUGACCGGUUUAGUCUGGUUAUCGAUUCGACCUAAGUCCAUAACACCAGUAGAGCCUGAAGGUGUGGAAUGUAAAGUUGUAGAAUCCAAUCUUCCUGCAUCAAUGGUCUCUGAAUUAUUAUGGGCAUGGGAAUCUCUUAAGACAGCAACAUGUUGUAAGUCUCUGGUUAUUGUCUACAAUGGAAUUUGCCUUAUUCAAAUCGGGAUGGUUGCUGAAUCUCCAGAGGAUAAGAAAGCAAUCAUAGUAAACACUGAUAAACUGAUGCAAGGAUCGGUUUACCAAGGCGUAAUGAGAUCGAAAGCUCAAAGUUACUUGGCCAAUCUUUCUCUUUACCCUGGGAGAUCACAGCUGCCAUUUCUACCUGCAAAUACACAGCCGCUUGGAGAUAAAGGAGUUGCAGUUAUUGGCGGAAACACAAUAAGAGGCUUCACAUCUUCAGAUCAAGCUUGGAUUUCUUCAAUUGGGGAGAAGCUAGAUGCGACUUUGGGGAGAUAUUUUAUUGAUUCUGCAGAAAUUUCCCAAGAAACAGAGCGGGAAAACGGAAAACAGAUAUAAAACAGCACAAAGCAUAGAUCACUGUGGGGGAAAAAAAGAAGAAGGAACUAUUCAUUAUGUGAUCAUGUGGUUACACAAAGUCGGAAUGAAUGUAAAAAUAGCUUGUACAUUAGCAUAGAGUUUAUGCAUUACAAGAUUAAAAUAAUGAAUCUUCAUCACAAGCUAAACUUUGCAAGUGUUGUCUCAGGUACUGUUGAAUUUUCUUUUUCAGUUCUGUAGACACGAGUUUCGUUUGUGGUUUCCGUUUUGUGUUAUGGUGCGAGAGACUAACAAAUCAGUUGAGAUUACGCUGAGUGAUGUCUCUAGACCACGAACUCGUUUCUCCAGAGAUUGCAUCCCGUUCUGAGAGCUCUCCAUGAAUCUCUGAAAGAGAUCUAAGAGACUGUUCUGUUGUUUUUCGAUCUGAGUGAUUUGGCUUCUUAUCAGAGACAACUCUUCUGCAUUCUUUCUCUGACAAGAACUGCUUCCUUCAGAACUAUCUUCGUCACUACUCUGAACAACAACUUGUGACUGGUUAGAGCCGUUGUCGUUGACCUUAGAUGGCUUUUGCUUUGCCGGGAACAGAACCCUUUUAGCUCGAUUCUGCUUCUCUUUCGUCUCCACAGCUUCUUUACUAUCUUUCUCUUCAACAUCUUUUAACUUUGAGCUUAAUGUUGCGCUUGAGUUCGUAUCUUUGCCUUUCAGUGUGUUGUUGCUUCUUUUAGAAGUUGCAGAAGAAGCUGAUUUGGAGAAGGAAGAAGACUCUGUCGCAGACAAACCAGAAGAAGCUAAUUUGGAAGACUCUGUAGAAUCACUUUCAGGCUGCUUCCAUAGACUCAGUGUACGAUUCAUCGUCUCUCUGACAAGUUUAACCUUAUCAAAUCUUCUGCUCUCAAGAAUAUCUACACAGGCUUUCUUAUACAAAGGAGCCAAUUCUUGUUCCGCCAUAGCUACUCUAGCCAUCGUCUCUGCAGCAGCUUUUCUCGCAUGCCAAUCGUUGCUGCUUAGAAACUCAGAGACGUUCGGUAAAAGCCAAUCUAACACCGCCUUGUCGCUGUUUCUUCCAUUAAUGGCUCCGAUUAUGCUUCCUAUUGCUCCUAGAAGUUCCGGUUUCGCCUUGAAACCUUCCGAUUUUAGCAAUUUUCCAAUUUUAGGAAGCGCUUUUUGCAACUGCUCUACGUCAGGCUCGUCAGCGGCGUCAACCGCCGCCGCGAGGCACACGGCGGCGCCGAUCUGAGCGUUGGGAUCGCAAUCGUGGAUUAGGGUUUCGAUCAUUGGUCCCGCGAGGAUAGAGAAAGGCGAUCCGGUGAUGCUGGUUGUCAUAUCGACGGACGCGGCGGCGCAAGCGGCGCGGACGGAGGAGUCGGGAUCGCGUAGACGGCGGAGGACGGUGGAGACCAUCUUGGAGAGAUGAGGAGCGAGAAUAUCUCCAUGGGAGCGAGAGAGCACGGAGAGGAGCGAGACGCAGUGUUUCCUAACCGGAGAUUUCGCGGAAGAGUCUGUGCUCUGGAGACAGUUUAUAAACAGAGAGAAAGUCUCCGGAGUUAGGUUUAGAGCGAUGGAAUCAAGCUCUGCGGCGGCGAGAGCCAACGUAUCGCGAUCGGAGAGUCGAUUGAGACAGGCGAUGACUCGCUGCUUGAGAUCGGUAACCGUCGCCGGCGAAGAACGGAUUUGAACGGAAGGCAUUAUUCCAAGUAAAGGAAGUCACCGGAGAUUAUCGGUUUUUUUUGUCGCUAGCAGAAAUCCGCCAUGUAUAAGGAGAGAAGAAGAAAGGCUUUUGUGGAGAGAAAGAAAAUAGAUUUGGCGGCAGAAAAAGGCAACGGAGAAGAUGACUGAACGGUUGGUACUUGGCUUUUAAACAAGACUCGUCUUUGGCUUGCC